AUGACUGUCAUUCGGGAUUCUUCUGGAACAGUAACUGCCCAAGUUUAUAGCUUCCGUGGCAGUUCUUGGAAGAGGGUCAACAGUUUUCCUGCUUUUCCGUUUUCUGCUGAAGAUAUUGGCCACUUCAUCGGUGGCACUCUUAAUUGGCUAGGUCUCCGUAACCCGCUUGGAGAUGAUUAUGAUUGGGCUGAUGUUACACUUGAUAUGUUAAUGAUUGUUUCUUUUGACCUGAAAUCGGAUACACAUAAACAGAUUCUGCUUCCAAAGGGUAUCGAUGAGAUCUCCAGUAAAGAUCCAACUCUGGGAAUUUGGGGAAAUAGGCUGUAUCUUCUUCAUGAUUACAAGAACACUCAUUUUAUUGCAUGGCAAAUGAAGGAGUUUGGAGAUGAAAAUUCUUGGACUCAAUUGCUAAAGAUUAGUUUUCACUACCUCGGUGUUGAAAGGCUAUUAUUCCCGGAGUUUAUAUUUGAGAAUGGAAAUAUCUUCAUGUUGAGAGGCCUAGCAAAGUUCUUGUCAUUGUGA